CAAAAAUAAAACCCUCCGGUUCCCAUUCAGAAGGCUACAGUGACGGGGAGAAGGCGCGGCGGUGCGACAGCGGUGCCCACCCAGCUAGAGACGGAGCGCGGCCGCCGGGCUCAUUGCACGCAGCCCCGGGCCGCUCCCGCAGCCUGGCUCUCGCUCCACGGAGAGCCUGGCCCGCAGUCUGAUUCGGGGCCCCCUAGACGGGGAGAGGCGGGCCACCGAGAGGGGACCGGAGCUCAGCCAGAGGGCGGCCGGGCGCACAGACUGCGAGCCCCGGGGCAGUUACCCGCGCGCGCCGCUUUCCGGGCGCCCCGGCGCCAUGAGGCUCCCAACCACCACCCGCUGCCCCGGGCGCGUCCUUCGGAACCCCUGGAGGAGCUUCUUGCCUCUCACCCUGGCUCUCUUCGUGGGCAUGGGUCAUGCUCAGAGGGACCCGUUGGGCAGAUACGAGCCGGCUGGAAGGGACGCGAGUCGGCUGCGGCGCCCCGGGGGCAGCCACCCCGCAGCGGAUACAGCCAAGGUGUACAGUCUGUUCCGGGAGCAGAACGUGCCCGUUCCGGGUUUGCCGCCCGCGGAGCGGACCCAACCUGGCUGGGGGAGCCCCAGCAGGCCCGCCGAGGCGGAGGCCAGGAGGUCGCCCCGCGCGCAGCAGCCGCGGCGAGUCCAGCCACCUGCGCAGACCUGGAGAAGCCGGCCCCUGAGCCAGCAGCAGUCCGCACCCCGGGCGCAGGCCCCCCCGGCUCUCCCGCGCCUCGGGACCGCGCAGCGGCCACGGGCUGCGCGAGGGCGGCUAACGGGGAGGAAUGUCUGCGGGGGACAGUGCUGCCCAGGAUGGACAACAGCAAACAGUACCAACCACUGUAUCAAACCCGUGUGCCAGCCGCCCUGCCAGAACAGGGGCUCCUGCAGCCGGCCCCAGCUCUGCGUGUGCCGCUCCGGCUUCCGCGGAGCCCGCUGUGAAGAGGUCAUUCCUGAGGAGGAAUUCGACCCCCAGAACUCCAGGCUGGCACCCCGACGCUCAGCCCAGGGGUCUCCCAACCUGCGCAGGAGCAGUGCGGCCAGAGAAAGCACCACGGCCAGAGAAAGCACCACGGCCAGAGCGCGGCCGCCAGCACCACAGCCGCCGCUGGCCAGGACCCUGAGUGGGCUCAGCCAGACACACGCCACCCAGCAGCACGUGGGGCUGUCCCAGACCGUCCGACUUUAUCUGGCCACUGCGGCCAAUGGCCAGCUGACCUCCAAUGCCCUGCCCAUGGGGCCAGGCCCUGAACGGAAGGAUGGUGCCCAGCAGGCAGCAUAUCUGGGCCACCCGUCAUCCUCCUGGGGGCUGAAUCUCACGGAGAAAAUCAAGAAGAUCAAGAUCGUCUUCACUCCCACCGUCUGCAAGCAGACCUGUGCCCAUGGGCGCUGUGCCAGCAGCUGCGAGCGUGGCGACACCACCACCCUGUACAGCCAGAGCGGCCACGGGCAUGACCCCAAGUCUGGUUUCCGAAUCUAUUUCUGCCAGAUCCCCUGCCUGAAUGGAGGCCGCUGCAUUGGUAGGGACGAAUGCUGGUGCCCCACCAACUCCACUGGGAAGUUCUGCCACCUGCCUGCUCCCAAUCUGGACAGGGAGCCUCCAGAGAGGGGGGUCCACCACAGGGCCUCGCCACAGGGCCCCUUGAAGCAGUCCACCUUCACGCUGCCUCUCUCCAACCAGAUGGCCUCUGUGAACCCCUCCUUGGUGAAGGUGCACAUCCACCACCCGCCUGAGGCCUCCGUGCAGGUCCACCAGGUGGCUCGGGUACGGGGCGAGGUCGAGGAGGCCCCAGAGGAGAACAGCGUGGAGACCAGACCCUCGCCCUGGCUCCCCGCCAGCCCCGGCCAUGGUCACUGGGACAGCAACAGCAUCCCGGCUCGGUCUGGAGUGGUUCCUCGGCCGCCACCCCCGGUGGUGCCCAGGCCUCCGGCACUGCUGGGCCGGUGCUACCUGAGUGCUGUGAAUGGACAGUGUGCCAACCCCCUGCUGGAGCUGACUGCCCAAGAGGACUGCUGUGGCAGUGUGGGAGCCUUCUGGGGAGUGACCUCCUGUGCCCCGUGUCCACCCAGACCAGCCUUCCCAGUGAUUGAAAAUGGCCAGUUGGAGUGUCCCCAGGGGUACAAGAGACUGAACCUCACUCACUGCCAAGAUAUCAACGAGUGCCUGACGCUGGGCCUGUGCGAGGACUCGGAUUGCGUGAACACCAGGGGCAGCUACCUGUGCACCUGCAGACCCGGCCUCCUGCUGGAUCCAUCCAGGAGUCGCUGUGUGUCGGACAAGGCCAUCUCCAUGCAGCAGGGGCUGUGCUACCGGUUGCUGGGGCCCGGCACCUGCACCCUGCCUUUGGCCCAGCAGAUCACCAAGCAGAUAUGCUGCUGCAGCCGAGUGGGCAAAGCCUGGGGCAGCAAGUGUGAGGAAUGCCCCCUGCCUGGCACAGAGGCCUUCAAGGAGAUCUGCCCUGCUGGCCACGGCUACACCUACUCAAGCUCAGACAUCCGUCUGUCCAUGAGGAAAGCCGAGGAGGAGGAACUGACCAGGCCCUCGAGGCAACAGGGGCAGAAGAACAAUAGGACCCUGCCAAGACCAGCAGAGAGGCAACCACUCCGGGAGGCCACCGGCACCUGGCUGGAGGCCGGGACCAUCCCUGACAAAGGUGACUCUCAGGCUGGCCAGGUCACAACCAGUGUUACCCAGCUAUCUGCCUGGGUCCCAGGAGACGCCACAGGAAGACCAACGCUGCCACUGCCUGGACAGGGGAUCCCGGAGGCCCGGGCAGAAGAGCAAGUGACCGCCCCCACCGAUGUGCUGGUGACCCCGGCCCCGUCAGGUAUUGACAGAUGUGCUGCUGGAGCCACCAACAUCUGUGGCCCGGGAACCUGUGUGAACCUCCCUGAUGGAUACAGAUGUAUCUGCAGCCCCGGCUACCGGCUGCACCCCAGCCAGGCCUACUGCGCAGAUGACGAUGAGUGUCUGAGGGACCCCUGCAAGGGAAGGGGGCGCUGUGUCAACCACGUGGGCUCCUACUCCUGCUUCUGCUACCCUGGCUACACGCUGGCCACCUCGGGGGCCACACAGGAAUGCCAAGACAUAGACGAGUGUGGGCAGCCCGAGGUGUGCAGCGGGGGGCGGUGCACCAACACGGAGGGUUCCUACCACUGCGAGUGUGACCAGGGCUACGCGAUGGUCAGGAAGGGCCAUUGCCAAGAUAUCGACGAAUGCCAUCACCCCGGCACCUGCCCUGACGGGAGAUGCGUCAACUCCCCUGGCUCCUACACUUGCCUGCCCUGCGAGGAGGGCUACAGGGGCCAGAGUGGGAGCUGUGUAGAUGUGAAUGAGUGUCUGACCCCCGGGGUCUGCACCCGUGGAACGUGCAUCAACCUGGAGGGCUCCUUUAGAUGCUCUUGUGAGCCGGGCUAUGAGGUCACCUCAGACGAGAAGGGCUGCCAAGAUGUUGACGAGUGUGCCAGCCGGGCCUCGUGCCCUGCGGGCCUCUGCCUCAACACGGAGGGCUCCUUCACCUGCUCGGCCUGCGAGAGUGGGUACUGGGUGAACGAGGACGGCACCGCCUGCGAAGAACUAGACGAGUGUGCCCUUCUGGGAGUCUGCCCCACGGGAGUCUGCACCAACACUGCCGGCUCCUUCUCCUGCAGCGACUGCGAGCGGGGCUACCGGCCCAGCACCCUGGGCCACACCUGUGACGAUGUGGAUGAGUGUGAAGACCCCCAGAGCAGCUGCCUGGGAGGCGAGUGCAAGAACACGGCUGGCUCCUACCAGUGCCUCUGCCCCCCGGGCUUCCAGCUGGCCAAUGGCACUGUGUGUGAGGACGUGGACGAGUGCGUGGGAGAGGAGUACUGCGCACCGCGCGGCGAGUGCCUCAACAGCCACGGGUCCUUUUUCUGUCUCUGCGCCCCCGGCUUUGCCAGUGCAGAGGGGGGCGCCAGCUGCCAGGAUGUGGACGAGUGUGCAGUCACUGACCGGUGUCUCGGGGGGCAGUGUGUCAACACUGAGGGCUCCUUCAACUGUCUGUGCAAGACUGGCUUCCAGACCUCCGCAGAGAGUGGGGAGUGUGUGGACACUGAUGAGUGUGAGGACUUCGGAGGCUCGGCGUGUGGGGCCUGGAGGUGUGAGAACAGCCCCGGCUCCUACCGCUGUGUCCCGGGCUGCCAGCCCGGCUUCCAUGUGGCCCCGACUGGAGACUGUGCUGACAUAGACGAGUGUGCCAACGACACCAUGUGUGGGAGCCACGGUUUCUGCGACAACACCGAAGGCUCCUUCCGCUGCCUCUGUGACCAGGGCUUCGAGACCUCGCCCUCCGGCUGGGACUGCAUUGACGUGAAUGAGUGCGAGCUCAUGCUGGCGGUAUGCGGGGCGGCACUCUGCGAGAACGUGGAGGGCUCCUUCCUGUGCCUCUGCGCCAGCGACCUGGAGGAGUAUGACGCUCAGGAGGGGCGCUGCCGACCGCGGGUGGCUGGAGGUCACAGGAUCCCUGAGGCCCCGCCAGGGGAACACCCCCCAGGCCCCAUCCGCAUGGGAUGCUACUCUGGGCAAAAGGGCCAGCCGCCCUGCUCCAGUCUUCUGGGCCGGAACACCACGCAGGCCGAGUGCUGCUGCACCCAGGGCACCGGCUGGGGAGAUGCCUGUGAGCUGUGCCCAGCCGAGGACUCAGUCGAAUUCAGCGAGAUCUGCCCUAGUGGGAAAGGCUACAUCCCUGUGGAAGGAGCCUGGAUGUUUGGACAGACCACAUACACAGAUGCCGACGAGUGUGUGAUGUUUGGGCCCGGUCUCUGCCAGAACGGCCGGUGCCUCAACACGGUGCCUGGCUACAUCUGCCUGUGCGAUCCUGGCUACCACUACGACGCUGCCCGCAGGAAGUGUGAGGAUCACGAUGAGUGCCAGGACAUGGCCUGUGAGAAUGGCGGGUGUAUGAACACGGAAGGCUCUUUCCACUGCUUCUGCAGCCCGCCCCUCACCCUGGACCUCAGCCAGCAGCGCUGCGUGAACAGCACCAGCAGUGCGGAGGACCUGCCUGACCAUGACAUCCACACGGACAUCUGCUGGAAAAAAGUCACCAAUUACGUGUGCAGCCAUCCCCUGCACGGGCGCCACACCACCUACACUGAGUGCUGCUGCCAGGACGGCGAGGCCUGGAGCCAGCAGUGUGCUCUGUGCCCCCCCAGGAGCUCUGAGGUCUACGCUCAGCUGUGCAACGUGGCCCGCAUUGAAGCGGAGCGGGAGGCCGGGGUCCACUUCCGGCCCGGCUAUGAGUAUGGCCCUGGGCCCGAGGACCUGCACUACAGCCUCUAUGGCCCAGACGGGGUCCCCUUCUACAACUACCUGGGCCCCGAGGACACCAUCCCUGAGCCGCCCUUCCCCAACACGGCCAGCCGCCCAGAGGACCGCACACCGGUCCUUGAGCCUCCCCUGCAGCCCUCAGAACUCCAGCCCCACUACGUGGCCAGCCAUCCAGAGCACCAGGCCGGCUUUGAAGGGCUUCAGGCCGAGGAGUGCGGCAUCCUGAACGGCUGUGAGAAUGGCCGCUGCGUGCGCGUGCAGGAGGGCUACACCUGUGACUGCUUCGAGGGCUUCCAGCUGGACACGGCCAACAUGGCCUGUGUGGAUGUGAAUGAAUGUGAUGACUUGAACGGGCCUGCAGCACUCUGUGUCCAAGGUCACUGCGAGAACACGGAGGGCUCCUACCGCUGCCACUGCCCCCCAGGUUAUGUUGCCGAGGCAGGCCCCCCACGUUGCACCGCCAAGGAGUAGCGGCGAGGAGUCAGUGCAGGCGGUUACCUGGAAGUGGGCCCUGGCCACAGGCGGGGCCUUGAGGAAGCUCUCCUGGUUGGGGGGACGACAUGAAGACACCGGGCAGGAGGCCCUGCAGCCAGCUCCCAGCCAGCCUCACCUGCUUUUCAUCUCCCCCAGCUUCGGCUCUGCCUGUGAGCUUCUGUCACCACCUCCACACCGCCAUGCCCUUGCUUGGCUCAACCACCACCAAAUGCUUUAAUGCUUCAACCACUGGCCGUGAGGCCCAGUCUGCCAUCUGUCCUGGCCUUGCUAUGGGAUGCUUACCAAAGGAUGGCCCUGAACCAGCCCCUCAAGCUGUGCAAACAUGCAAGGUCCUUCGGCCUCACACUGCACACACCCUUUUCCAGCCAUGAUCCACGUAUCAUCCUGAUGAUUCCACACCUGGAUCAGAGGCUAUAUCUGCCCUGGGAUGGUCCUUCAGAAUCUAUCAAGCAAAAAAGGAUUGGGGGGAGUUUGGGGAGUGACUCCAAUGCCUCCUCCAAAGAACCAUCACCACCACUCGGCAAAUCUGGUCUGGGCCAGUUGUGCCACAUCUCCACCUUGUUGCCAGUUCUGUGGCCCCGGGGAGGGGCAGAAGAUCCCCUCAUCUCAGAGAAGCAAGACUGAUACUAUAUUGCUAGUAAGAGACACAGAUGAAGGGGAGCAAGGAGCCUGAGAAAGCAGCAAAAAGGCAAUGUAAAAAAAUAUGGGGAGUUGAUAAAAAAAAGGGGGAGCCAGGGCUUUAUACAAGUCUAAAGAAAAUAUUCAGUAGCUUCAGGUAAAUAAACAUUCAGAAUCUACCCAGCAAUAGCUCCUGUACACCACAGCAAGGGCUACCACAAAGCAGGGUGCCCACCUCAGAAGACCUCUGUUAAAUACAUACUGCUUCUUACAGGAAACAAAUCUCUCCUGGGCUCUCCUUUUGUGGACACCAGUUUGAUGUGCUAAAAAUAAAGAGGUCUAUUUUCUAGCUUAUGAAAUACAGUGUAAUCUUGUUUAGGGGAAGCGAGAUUUCCUACGUUGUUUCUUCUCUCAACUCAAGAGGCAUCUGUCCUCUUCCCCUUCAUAAAACGGCUGGCUGGCAUCCCACUGAGUUUACAAGUAGAGACUCACUCCAACCUUGGCUAGCUGGGAGUUUAAAACCACGGUGGAAUAAAGAAAUGUACAUCUGG